AUGCCGCGAUCAAUCCGGUCCAAAACGCCCUCACGCAGCCACUUGAGCCCUAAUUUCCACCCCACCGACAAACGCAGCUCUUCGCCUUUAAUGAACGCUUCAGGUCGCGAGCCGCAAAGGGGGAAACGUGCCCCCAAAGCCAACAAGUCAUGCCUGCCCUGCCGUGUACGCAAGGUCAAGUGCGAUGCCACUGUAAUUGGCCUCCCCUGUAGCAGCUGCACCAGCAGGCAGUGUGCCAAGGACUGUGUACUUCAUGUCCGCAAGGGACGGUCUAGGAAGGCAACACACGCUUUACCGGCUCCAGGCAGUGUUCAAACCAGACUCUCCCCGGCUGCGUCUCACAGUAGCCAGUUAGACAGCCAUAACCAGUCUAAUCACUCGAGACAAUCACGACAGUCUUCAACUUCCGAUCGUUCGGAGUGCCAAAACCCACCUCAGACUGAGGCAGACCUGCUCUAUCUUAAUAUCUUGAAUGAUGCUGUGAAAGAAACUACAGAAUCAAGUCAACAUCACACCACUUCCAAUACCCCCUAUCGUUCAAGGCCAGAUGAGAGCUUUACUCCUCGGAACUGCCUAUGGACCAAACUACCUCAACUAGACGACAUUGACAAUGAAUAUCUUGCUAAGAAGGGUGUCUUUGACCUGCCUUCUCCGCAGCACUUGGAUGCACUCGUUAAAACUUACUUUGACCACGUCUGCACUUUUGCACCUGUGAUUAACAGGGCUGACUUCAUUCGGAGCUAUCAAUCUGGCGACUGCUCUCUGUUCUUGCUCCACGUCAUAUUGACACCAGCCAGUCUCCAUGUGCCGCUAGAGGUGCUAUCCGCCUGCGGCUUUGAAAGCCGUUCGGCUGCGCAAGAGUCGUUCUUCUCCAAGGCCAAGCUACUCCACGACUUGGCUGCCGAAGAUGAUCCGUUGCUGAUGCUUCAGGGAUCCAUCAUCUUGUGCAUGGUGAUUCUCGACCAUCCCACUGAUCGAGACUUCAGUUACUGGUUCCAUAAUGCGAUUCGUCUUGCCACUAAGCUCGACCUACGCGAUACGUGCAUUCGAGAAGACAAGCCCCGUAAGAUUAUAAAGUUGUACAGAAGGAUCUGGUGGACUCUCUACUUUUUAGACAUUUUCAAUGUCCUCGUCAAUACUAGACGCUCGCGACUACUUGAAAACACCUCUGCGAUUAAGCCGAGGACGGAAGACGACUGGGAAACUGAAGAUGUCUCAGGAGCAUCAUCUGCCUUGUUGUCGGCGGUGACGCCUCAGCAAAAGGCCUUGCCUGUUGCCCUGUGUGAGCUGUCUCGAAUAUUCGGGCAGUGUCUGUCCACUGUGAUAAACAAGCCACAACAAGAUCCUCGCCACAUGAUGAACCCACUAGAUACUUGGCGCAAGUCUCUCGCUACCAAAAUGCACGUGGGUGGGAAUGCAGGAAACGACGUGUAUUAUCUGGAUAUACAAGCCAUGAGCUACAGAUUUGAAUGCAUCUUGUGUCGUCUGAUACGACACCGUUUGCAGCAGACUCAGCACGCAGACUGGAGCGAGUGGGCCAACGAACGGCUCCGGUCUGGUAUUCUGGAGCUGGACAUGAUUUCCAUGAGAGUGUUAGCGAGUGGUACUCUCCAGGACUUUCCCAUGCCUUUUAUAACCACAAUAACUGCGCUCCUUGCUCUGCACAUCGAGUCAGCCCUCGAUCCAGCCGAGACAGACCUCGUCCGUUCCAUGGCUCGGAUAUCCAUCAGUCAGACAAUGCUUGUGCUCACCCAGGGAAAAGAAAUACCCGCCUUGAAAAGAGCGCUACCGGUGUUUGAGGAAAUUCUGGCCAAGAAAAAUCUGUACCCGGUUCAGCCCAACAUUUUGGGUCCAAUACCAGCACAGCCGCAGUCACAAGACAACAGCAUGGUGGAUGCUUAUAAUUCGCUGAACACGCAAGUCAACAUACUUCCGUCUCAAUUUGAGCAGGGUGAGAGCAAUCUAUCGCUCUAUGGCGAUUUCCUAGGACUCGAUUUCUUGGAUGAUUGGAGGCCGGGUACUUGGAAUUCUCUAUUUGAUGUUGACAUGGGCUCUCAAGAGCGAGUGGAAUAG